CCUUGAUUAGUUAAAAAAAAAGGUAUUAUCCCUCGAUUAAUUGAUCAGCUAGGACUCUUCCAAACUCCAGAGCCCCAAUUGAUUCAUAACUCUCCGAGCAAUACAAACACCGGAGACCAUCAAGUCUACUUCAGAAAUUAGGGUUUUGAUUUCUUGAAGAUGGUGUUAGUGUUAGCAUUGGGCGAUCUUCAUAUUUCACAUAGAGCACCUGAUUUACCUCCUAAGUUCAAGUCAAUGCUUGUUCCCGGCAAGAUUCAACAUAUUAUUUGCACGGGAAAUUUGUGUAUCAAGGAGAUUCAUGACUACUUGAGGACUAUCUGUCCCGACUUGCAUAUUACUAGAGGCGAAUAUGAUGAAGAGACACGGUAUCCUGAAACUAAGACACUGACCAUUGGUCAGUUCAAGAUUGGAAUAUGCCAUGGUCAUCAGGUCAUUCCAAGUGGGGAUCUGGAUUCAUUGGCCAUGCUUCAGAGGCAGCUUGACGUAGACAUCCUAGUAACAGGUCACACCCAUCAGUUCACAGCCUACAAACAUGAAGCAGGAGUAGUCAUUAACCCAGGAUCUGCAACUGGGGCCUACAGUAGCAUAACGUACGAUGUUAAUCCCAGCUUUGUUCUCAUGGACAUCGAUGCACUCCGUGUUGUUGUCUAUGUUUAUGAACUUAUCGACGGGGAGGUUAAGGUAGACAAGAUCGAUUUCAAGAAGACAACUACAACAUAGUCCUUUUCUCAGAUUUUAUGGUUCAAUAGUAUAUGCUCUCUGAGUCUCUGGGGAUCUCUUGAUGUUGUUAACCAAGUAUCGAAGGUCAUCAUUUGCAUGUUGCUGCAGUUUUGCUGUUGCAGAUUUUACUUUGCAGUACACACCUAAUUUCUUUUGUUGUCGAUUUGUGAAGGUUGCUAAGUGUAGUCAGCUGAAGCAAAUAAAUUAUGCUGAUGGGUACUUACUGGAAAUAUUAUGUUCACAGUUCCGUCAAAGACUUGGUUGUUUAGUUUUAUAUGGUUUGUUCAAGGCUAGUUCUAAGUUUCAAGUUUGUGUAUGGUUUCAUUUUAGGCGAGUUUUAAAGGUAACCUGAUAGGCAAAGAAUUGCCCAAUUUGUACAAGCUAAUGAACAUAUUAUCUAUCACCUUGUAUUCUCAAUGUGAGUUGUUUUAUGUCCAAA